GAAAAACUUCUCUCUCUCUCUCUCUCUCUCUCUCUCUCUCUCGGAGUUUCCUUGUCGGGCGAUUUAGGGUUUUUUUCUUUUCUUUUUCCAGUACUUGAUUCUCCCCUACGAUUCUUUGGGAGUUUCCCCAAUUAAGGCUCGGUUUUUAAGUUUUUACCUCGGGGAAAUCUCAUAGGGUUUUUGUUGGAAUUGAGUUAUGGAUUCUAUCAGAUCGUCGUAUUGGUGUUACAGAUGCAACCGGUUCAUUAGGAUCGGGGCUCGGGAGCAAGAUUCGAUCCUCUGCACCGAUUGCGGCGGCGGAUUCGUAGAAGAAAUCGAAACGCCUUCGCGUUCUCCGAUUCACCACCGUUUCCCUUCCACCGCGGUUUACGACUCGAGCCCGGGUCCGCCGAGUCCGAGAUUCCGGCGAAAUCGGAGAACGGGAGGGGAUCGAUCUCCCUUCAACCCCAUCAUCGUUCUACGGGGACCCACCACCGAUUCCGGCGGGCAUGAAGGAGCCGCCGGAAGCUACGAGCUUUACUACGAUGACGGGGCAGGGUCGGGUCUCCGACCGUUACCUGCGAGCAUGUCGGAGUUCCUGAUGGGUUCAGGAUUCGAACGGCUUCUGAACCAGUUGGCACAACUGGAAAUGAACGGAGCUGAGAGAUUGGAGCAACCACCGGCCUCUAAGGCGGCGGUCGAGUCCAUGCCGGUGAUCAAGAUCGCGGAGAAUCACGUCUCGGAGGAAUCGUAUUGCGCUGUGUGCAAAGAGCCUUUCGAGCUAGAAUCCGAGGCUCGUGAAAUGCCGUGUAAGCAUAUCUACCACUCUGACUGCAUUUUACCUUGGCUUUCGCUUAGGAACUCUUGCCCCGUUUGUCGGCAUGAAUUGCCUACGGAUGCAAAUGCGAGUAACAUUGGUAGGAACUCGAGUGGACACGAUGGCGAGACAGUGGGUUUGACCAUUUGGAGACUGCCUGGUGGUGGGUUUGCCGUGGGGGGAUUCCACGGCGGAAGGAGAAGAGGCGAGAGGGAGUUUCCAGUUGUUUUCACCGAAAUGGAUGGAGGGUUCAACACUCAGGGUGCUCCGAGGAGGAUUUUCUGGGAGCCAAUGGAGGGAAGAUCAAGGGAGAGAGGCGGGUUAAGGCGGGCUUUUCGUGGGUUCGUCUCAUUUUUCGGGAGAUUAAGAAGGGGUUCAAGUUCAUCGGCUGCCCGGGAAUCUCGGUUAACCAGAAGAAGUCGAUCCAUCUCGAUCUUCAGCCGACCAGCAGCAAGGACAAGAAACCAAGGUUGGAAUGCGGACAACGAAGACUUGUAAAUGGAUACGGCUUCAGUUCUGUAAAUAACAAUCAGACAGGGAAGAUGUGAAGGUAUGAAAGGAACGAUUUUUCUUCAUGAUCAUGUCUGGGGAAUCUGAAGGUUGCUCUGAGCGUUGUGAGAGUGUAAUUUAGGUACAAAAUCAUGUUGUAGUUUCUGUCAUCGCUAUUGAUUAUGAUCAAAGCAUUCAGAUUCUUUCCCCGAAACACUCGAGGGAUCCUCCACCCCGUUACUCUCUGUUUAAUUGAGAAUGGAUAAGAAUAGGAAGAGCAGAAGGGGAAAAUUUGGAAAAUCCAGACUGGUGGUAAUUCAAGUUUUGUCCUCUGAAGGGGCAUAACUCUACUUGUGGAAUGAUGAUUCAGUACUCUUUGUUUCCUC